AUUUGCACUGCAUCGUAUAUAUCCAACAAAACGGCAGCUAGAGAUGAUGGCAUCCUCCCUCCUCUUUGUUGUCGUCCUCCUCGCAGCGCUGUCAUCGCCGCCGCCGUCAGCCGUCCUGGCGGCGGACGACGACGGCACCACGCACCUGCACUUCUUCAUGCACGACGUGGUGACCGGGAGCAACCCGACGGCGGUGCAGGUGAUCAAGGGCGCGGGGUCGUCGGUCGUCCCGGGGCUGGCGUUCGGCGACACCACGGUGAUCGACGACGCGCUGACGGAGACGUCGUCGCCCACGUCCGCCGCCGUGGGCCGCGCUCAGGGCUUCUACAUGAUGUCGUCGCAGUCGGGCAUCGUGCUCAUGGUGUGCGCCAACCUGCUGCUCACCGCGGGGGACCACAACGGCAGCACGCUCGCGGUGGUGGGCCGGGACGACGUCGCGGCGGACGUGCGGGAGCUCUCCGUCGUCGGCGGCACGGGCCGGUUCAGGAUGGCCACCGGCUACGUGCUGUGGAAGACGUCCAGCAUGAACGGGCCUGACGCUACCGUCGAGCUCGACGUGCACGUGAGGACGGCCACAACCGCCGCCACGGGUAGCGGCACCACUGGUGCCUUCUCGGGCGCCGCUGCCAAGCGGGUCGGAGCAGGGUGGGUCAUUGCGUGCGCCGUCGCCGUCGUUGGGGCGGUGGUUGGAUCCGGCGUCUGGUGGUGAUCGGCUGGCGUGCAGUGCAGUGGUGCACACAGUUUGGUGACAUGUCCAUGACUCCAUGUACUUGCAUUGCUUCUGCUAGUGGUCAUUCUGAAUCAUCAUGGUGGAUGUAGUGUUGGUUUACUUUUCGCUUGUUUUUCAGUUGGAUAUUAUUUGACCUUUUUCUGUCAUGUCGAGAUUCUGGGUCGAACUUUUUCCCUUUUGAAAUGUAAGUUUUUGUUAAACUAAAUAUGAGUACAUCAAAUUGAUAAUUAAACGGA